CCAGAGUGGAUGGGUUGAGCGGGUGCUUGGUUGGUCCCUUUAGCGUGGUCUGUGUUCUCGCUUUUGCACACAAGGCUGCCUGUCCCUUUAAGUAAUAUUGCAUCAUCAAACACUACUAUGACAUCACCCUGGGACAAGCACUGCCCCUUUCACCUUGUCAUUGUCCAAUGGGAUUCUCGCACUUUAAAUGUUACUCAGGCUCCGCCCUUUUCUCAGGAUGACCUCAUCUGUCACAAAACUUUCUGCCCUUGCAAACAGUAGGCUCUGCCCACUGAGCUUAUUGCAUCAUCAGGCUCCACCCCUUUGCAAUAGGCUCCACCCUUUUCACAUGCCCUGUCCUAAGGGAUCUUUCCCUUUAAGAAAUUAUUAUAUCAUCAGGGGACUCCAUGUGCCUCCCUUUAAAAAAAAAUGAUGUCAUCAGAUAAGGCUCCACCCCUUCCACUAGACUGCUUUCAGCAGGCUCUAAGCUCCGCCCAUUGGUGAUGUCAUCAGGCCUGGCCCUCUUUAAGAGUAGCUGUGACCUCACUGGCCAGGCUGUGAGCUGUGACUUGAUGAUGUCAUAGUGGCUCCUUAAGCCCCGCCCACUUGAAGAGUAUUGCGUAAUCCCCUUCGUGAGGGGCUCUCUCCAUGUCGGCGCGCCUGGCCCUGGUGGACUGGCUGGACGAAGGCUUCUCCAGCAUCAUCGAGCUGGGGGCGGUGAGCGAGCCGCGCCGGGACCCCGCCCGCUACCGGCCGGGCCAAGAGGUGGCGGCCCGGUGCCCCCUCUUCAAGGGGCUGAACCGCGCUCGCAUCCUGGCCCUCAGCGGGGACAGGCAGGAGUUGAAGCGGAUCCAGGUCCAGGCCGGGGGCUGUCCCAGGAGCAGCUGGGGGGCCGGGACGCUGCGGGACCCCCCCCACCGCCGGGUGGCGACGAGACGGGACAGACUGCCCCUCGAGAGACGGAAACAGAGCACAGGAGGCAACACUGAUGACGUCACCACCUCCGUGCUCGACCCUGAAGGGACCCAGGUGUCCGAGGACGAGGGCCGGGCAACCCCCCAAAGCACCUCAUCCUCGGAAACCUGGCAUUCCUCCUCCCCCGACUGCCCCCACGUGGACAGCUCUGGCUGCGGGGUUCCCUGCUCCCCUGGCCCUGCAGACCCAGGCAUCUGGGCAGGGCUCACCGAGACCUGCACCAGGCCUGAGUGCGAGAGGAUGCGACAGGAGUUGGAGGCGCUGAGGGACCGAUACGCCAAGCUGGAGGCUCAGAACGCUGUGCUGGCCCAGAGACUCGGGGGCGAUGUGGAGCCGCCCAGGGAGGUGGACAGUGAGUCCGUGCGGCCGGAGCCUGGGCUCUAUGAGGACCCUGCACUACCUUGGAAACAUGGGAUGCAGGAGCUGGUUCCAGGAGGGGGCGUGUUCCUCUACCCCGCCCAGCUGGCCCUGGCCCGCUCCAGCGCCCGCAGCCAGACGGCCCUGGCCCGGCUCCUGCUCGACGUCUUCUUCUCCCGCCAGGAGCAGGCGCGGAGCAACCUGUCCGGGGAGAACGGGCUGCACCGCCUCAGCCCCCCCAUCGUCAGCGCCAUCGUGGCCUAUGCUGUGGGUCAGUCACAGUUCCAGGCCAGCAGUGCCGCCGUCAUCAAGAACUCGCUGCGCAACAAGCUGGGCUGCCUGAGAGCCCCGUCCCGCCAGCAGGGGGCCACCAGGGGGCGCCCAGCAGCCUGAGAGCCCCGUCCCGCCUGCAGGGGGCCACCAGGGGGCGCCCAGCAGCCUGAGAGCCCCGUCCCGCCAGCAGGGGGCCACCAGGGGGCGCCCCGCAGCCUGAGAGCCCCGUCCCGCCAGCAGGGGGCCACAAGGGGGCUCCCCGUGGCCUGAGAGCCCCGU